CUAACCACCCCUCGCCCCUGUUUCCUUGGGCUGCGCCGGUUCCGUUCGGGGGCUCCUGCUGCCCUCGCCUCUCACCGACCGGACCCUUUACUAUUUUCCCGCCGACCGCAGGUGUCGCUUCUCCCCCUUGCCUUGGGGGCCGUUUGCCAUGCACAGGACCAAAAUGAGUUUGUUUGGCUCAACUUCAGGAUUUGGAACUGGGGGCACCAGUAUGUUUGGCAGCACAGCUACAGAUAACCACAACCCCAUGAAGGAUAUUGAAGUUACUUCACCGCCUGAUGACAGCAUUGGUUGUUUGGCUUUCAGCCCACCAACAUUGCCGGGUAAUUUCCUUAUUGCUGGAUCAUGGGCAAAUGAUGUGCGUUGUUGGGAGGUCCAAGAUAAUGGGCAAACUAUUCCAAAAGCUCAACAGAUGCAUACAGGACCUGUGCUGGAUGUUUGCUGGUGUGAUGAUGGGAGUAAAGUCUUCACAGCGUCUUGUGAUAAAACGGCCAAAAUGUGGGAUCUCAACAGCAACCAGGCAAUACAAAUAGCACAGCAUGAAGCUCCUGUAAAGACUGUCCAUUGGAUAAAAGCACCAAAUUAUAGUUGUGUGAUGACUGGAAGCUGGGAUAAAACAUUAAAAUUUUGGGACACACGGUCACCUACUCCAAUGAUGACUCUGCAGUUGCCUGAACGGUGUUACUGUGCUGAUGUAGUUUACCCGAUGGCUGUUGUGGCUACUGCAGAGAGAGGCUUGAUAGUUUAUCAAUUGGACAAUCAGCCAUCAGAAUUUAGAAGAAUAGACUCUCCUCUUAAACAUCAGCAUCGUUGUGUGGCAAUUUUUAAAGACAAAGUGAACAAACCAACAGGGUUUGCUCUUGGAAGCAUUGAAGGAAGAGUAGCCAUUCAUUACAUUAACCCACCAAACCCUGCCAAAGACAACUUCACCUUCAAAUGUCAUCGGUCCAAUGGCACAAACACAUCUGCACCUCAGGAUAUCUAUGCUGUAAAUGGAAUCGCCUUUCAUCCUGUCCACGGCACUCUUGCAACUGUAGGAUCUGAUGGUAGAUUCAGCUUUUGGGAUAAAGAUGCACGGACUAAGCUAAAAACAUCAGAGCAGCUGGACCAGCCAAUAUCUGCUUGCUGCUUCAACCACAAUGGCAACAUAUUUGCAUAUGCUUCCAGUUAUGAUUGGUCAAAGGGGCAUGAGUUCUAUAAUCCACAAAAGAAAAACUAUAUUUUUCUGCGCAAUGCCGCUGAAGAGUUAAAGCCCAGAAACAAGAAGUAGUGAGUAUUAUUCAGAUCAUCCUUCUAGUGCUGCUUUCCCACCACAUGCCCUCCUUUGGUCUCGUCCUAGUUUGUCAGUUCUGGACUGUAACCCUUCGCAGGGGGGCUCUGUGACUAAUACCAAAGCACAUUCUGGAGAACUCAUCAUUUUGAGUGAUUUGUUAAGUGUUGUACAGAAACGUCUGACAAUUUGCAUGACAAGUUGCCAGUUUUCUCAUUAGUUGCAAAAUCCCUGCAUUGGACCAAGAAACUUAUUGACUUUCCUGUAUGCACAUACUGCAGAAAUUCAAGGCAAACACUUAUUUUCUGGCUGGGGUAAGAAUGCAACUAACUCAGAUUGGGAAGAUCACUUGAAAGGGGCCACUUACAAUUUUAGUCUUUUUACUUUCAUAGAAAUGUAGAUUUAAUAUUGAAUUUAAUAUUAAAUAUUAAACUGUGGGCCAUUUAGAAAAAAAGUGUGCUGAUUUUUUUCGGGGGGGGGGUUGUCUUAAAAAUUUAGUUUUCCACUCAUGCAAGUGGACAUAUGUAUUAGAGGCAAAAAAUCUAAAGACCAAAUGGGCAUUUCUUCCAAGAAGGCAUCAAGACCAGAUUUUGGGAGGUGCAAUUCUGAUUUACUUCCCUUUUUACAUAGGUUCUACACUAUACUAGGGGAUGUAUUUUAGUAUCCCCAAGGAGCUAGGGCUUCAUCUUGUCUUUAGGUAAAGUAAUGCACAAUAGUUGAGAAUAGAAGUGUUUAGAAGUCCAAGGACACAGUCGGGUAGAAGUGCUAUUGUAGCUGUGACUCUGAACUCAGCCAUUCAUUUUUACAGGUCGGUGUUUACCGGUCAGUCUUGUAAGAUUAAGAUUGCAUUUAUCCCCUUUCAUGCAGUAGCAAGGGAAGGGAAGGGCUACUGUGUAGCUGAAAGAAGAUUUUUUAAUGAAUGUAUGCUACAUAAUAUGGCCACAACUGUCACUCAACCUGUGCCCUAAUGAGCUGCAGGAUCGUUGUCUCUCUAACACCUCUGCAUCAGUUACACCAUUAUCUAACAUAAGCAUCAAAGUACAGCCAAGUAGAAAUGAUGUCGAAGUCUUUGGUUGGUCAUCUAGUUCAAGCUUGCUUUCAUGAGAGAACCUGAUUUGUGAAUGUAAACCUGAUAAACCUGAUGCUUAUUUUCAUACGUAUGAGUGAAAUUAAAAUGGGGAACCAGAAUGUGUACACAAUGCUACUUCUGACAGAAUUCUUUCUGUAAAUUCAUAUGUUGUAAGACUUGCUACAAUUUAAAUAAAAUUGCUUUAAAUAAAAACAUUGUUUCAUGUAAGUA